CCCGCCGCCGCCGCCGCCGCCUGCCGGGCGACGGCGAUCUCCUCUGGGAGAUCCUCCUCCGCCUCCCGCCGCAGCCGUCCUCGCUCCGCCGUCUGCAGGCAAUGGCGGCGCCUCGCCACCGACCCCAAAUUCCUCCGCCGCUUCCGCGAGCACCACCGCAAGCCGCCGCUCCUCGGCGUCUUCGAGUGCCGCGACGAAGCCGUGGUCUUCACCUCCGUCCUCGACCCUCCCGACCGCAUCCGUCCCGAGCGCUUCGACCUGGGACGCUACAGCGGCCGCCGCGACUACACCUUGGCCUGCUGCCGCCACGGCCGCAUCCUCGUCUUAGACCAUGUGGACGGAUGCCUCGUCGUGUGCGCCCCCAUCACCGGCGAGCAGCGCCGCGUGGCCGUUCCGCCCGAGUUCAUGACGGGCCCCCUCAACGGGGAGGUGCUCUGCGCUACCGGCGACAUUGGCCACGUGCACGGAGAGUGCCACUCCGGCCCCUUCAAGGUGGUCCUGGUGUCCAUGAUCGGAGAGGAUUUUCGACCCAUCGCUUGUGUCUACUCCUCUGAGACCGGCUUAUGGGGCAGUCUCGUAUCAAGUCCAUGUUCACCUCCUUUCGGGUAUGGUAGAACUGGCAGACUUGUUGGCAACACACUUUACUGGUUGCUUUGGUCUGUUAUGCGGGAUAGCAUACUUGAGUUUGAUUUGGAAAAUUUGAGUCUGGUUUUGAUGGAUCAGCCACCCAUUGACGAUGAUUUUCGCCUUGCCGGCUGUCAGAUCAUCAAGGCUGAGGAUGACGCUCUUGGCUUUGCCUAUUUGUCUUACCCAAGCUUCCAAAUGUGGCAGAGGAAUUUCAAUGCUCAUGGUGUUGCCAUAUGGGUGCUGUGGAAGACCAUCGAAUUGCAUAGCAUUCUUGGGCUUCCUCCUCAUAUUCAGAGACCCACAGCUGAGGUGGUAACUGUUACGGACUUGAUCUUUCAAAAAACUGUUACGGACUUGGACCAUGCUGGGAAGAUGGGAGUUAUACUGAGCUAUGCUGAGGAUACUGAUGUAGUUUUUUAUAUUUGUGGAUGCAAAUGUCUACAUGGUUCAACUUAAUCCAAUGCAAUCCAAGAAACUUCAUGAAACAAAGUGCAUCCUUGACAACUAUCCUUUCACAGGUUUCUAUACACCGGGUAAUUGCUCAUCUUAGUCCUAAUAUUUUAGGAACAACCCAAUCCAGCUAUAUUUCUUACAAUGUUGCCAUAUGGGUGCUGUGGAAGACCAUUGAAUUGCAUAGCAUUCUUGGGCUUCCUCCUCAGAUUCAGUGACCCGCAAGUGAGGUGGUAACUGUUACGGACUCGGACCAUGCUGGGAAGAUGGGAGUUAUACUGAGCUAUGCUGAGGAUACUGAUGUAGUUUUUAUAUUUGUGGAUGCAAAUGUCUACAAUUCAAGUGUAUCCUUGACAACUAUCCUUUCACAAGUUUCUAUGCGCCAGGCACAGCCAUUGCUGAUGGAUCUAAUGGAGCUGAAAACGCUGCACAACACAUUGGAUGAUUGCUAAUGUGCUGAAAUGGUUCAGCAUGUAAGAACAUCUUCUGAAUAUAGCUUAAGAGAUAUGGAGAAUUAUGUCUUUUUCUCUAUGGAAAUAUGUGGCUGCCAACAUGGGUAAAAUGCACUCUCAAAAUAUCGUCAAUUUGGCUGUAGAGAUUCACGCAUGUAAAUAACAUACACAACAAUUAAAAUGACGGUAAUGCCGAGAUAAAAUGACUCUUUUUGUUGCAAAUGAUAUCCAAACGUUGAAUAUCAUGUGGAUGUUAAAAUGAUGUGUACCUAUAUGGGCAUUCAUAGUGUUCUCCUUGGUUUAGCUUUUGCAAAAUCAUUGAAUUAGUAGUGCAUUUUGUUGUUAUAAACAUCAGCCAUAAUGGCCCUACAAGUUGAAAACGAGAAGAUUGACGAUUUUGCUUUGUCCAGCUAUACAUUAGUAGUCAAUUUUGUUGUUAUAAACAUGAAUAAGUUGGAGGCUACGUAUUGGUAUCCAAUCAGGUUAUUGAUGGAUUGAUGAUUUUGCUUU